AGCAGCCUGGAGGGAAGCAGCGUGCCACGUUGUCCUGCCUGCCCAGACGGAGCUUGUGUAUCUUGUGUCUGCACGGGAAUACCUCAGAAAGAAUCGUCCGCAAUGGAAGCAGUUAAGGACAUCACAGAGACGGUGGCUGUCGACCUGGGGGACCUGCUGGACGCCGGGGACGACGCCAUGGUGAUACUCGAGGCAGGUGACACUCGGCUGGUGGUGCACAGGGCCGUCCUCGCGGACAGGAGCCCCGUAUUUGCGGCCAUGUUCGCCCACGACACCCUCGAGGCCUGCACUGGCGUGGUGAGGAUUGCCGACAUCGGGGGCCCGGUGCUGAGGCAGCUCGUCUCCUACCUGUACACCCAGCGGGCCCCCCAGCGGCCCGGCACGGCCCCCCAGCUGCUGACUGCAGCGGAUAAGUACGGGGCGUCGGGGCUGAAGGCGGAGUGCGAGCGGCAGGUGGCCGCUCAGCUGACCGUGGAGACCGCGGCGGCCGCGGCCGUCCUCGCAGUCCGCCACUCCUGCAGUGACCUCAGGCGAGCAGCCAUCGAAUUUAUUAAGACUCGUACCCACGAGGUGAUGGCCACUCAGGGGUGGGCAGAUGCGAUGCGGAAGCAGCCGGAAGACUUGAUCGAAGUGAGCCGGUUGCUGUACGAUCCACCACCACAAACCAGUGCACCAGUCGUUACAGAGCCGAGGACCACCACCACCAGCACCACAACCACAACCAGAACCACCACCACCACCGCUGCCACCGCCACCUCUGCCAGCGCACCUCACCAGACACCUGCUGCUGCGCGGCCCACGACUCCUCAACCUGAUGAGGCCACUGUCUCUCAAAUGCGGUGA